AUGACUGUAGACACGUGGAAUGAAGCGACGGUGAAGGCUGCUUUUGACGAAGGCACCCCAGCAGAUGCCAAGCCGUUCACGGUCUACGUUGCUUCCAAGACAGAAGGCGAGCGAGCGGCGUGGAAGUGGGUUAAGGAUAACAAGCCGCCUUUCGUGUUCAACGCCAUCUUGCCCUACUACACGCUCGGACAAGUGCUUCACCCCGAAAUAGCUGGCUCCACCAUGAAGUGGGCGGCUAAUUUGCUUGACGGUGACACCACGGCUUUCGGGUUUCCUGGACAAUUCGUCGACGUUGCAGAUCUUGCGCGCGUACAUGUCGUUGGUCUUCUUCAUCCCGAAGUCAAGUCCGAACGUCUGUUUGCUUUCGCCUCGACUUUUACCUGGAAGGAAUUCGUCGGUAUUUUACGAAAGCUCCGUCCGGGUCAUACAGGAAUUCCAAGUCCUCCGGAGAAUGAGCUCCGAGAUUUGAGUGAGAUCGUCCCUGCUCGGAGAGCGAAGAAUUUACUCCAGGCACUUUUCGGAGGGUCUGGUUGGGUUGGAUUGGAGGAGUCGAUUCGAGCUGGAAUUGCUAGUCUGGGGUACUAG